AUGGCUGAACUAAUUGAUGUUGGAAAACAUUGCGAACUCGAUUCAUGCAAGAGAUUAGAUUACACUCCUUUCAAUUGCCACCUUUGUUCUAAAAGUUUUUGUCAAGAUCACAGACUAAAUCAUGGUUGCUCUGUAUCGAAAGUAUACGAAGGUCCGAGUGAGGGGACAAGCUUUGAUCCUGUUCGUCCAUACUUGUGUAGUUAUGAGAAAUGUCCAAACGCUGAGAGCGUGAAGAUCACAUGUCGAUUAUGUCUGUUAAAUUUCUGUUUGAAGCACCGUCAUGAGGACGAGCACAGUUGUACUCACAUGCCAAAAGACCCGAAAGAGGAAGUAGAGAAGAAGAUGGCGGCUAUUCGAGAGGCUUGUGGAGUGAAAGAGGAAGAGAAACCACAGGCCAACACGAAGCCAAAGAAGGUCUUGAAGUUAACAGAAGCGCAAAAAGCUAGAAUGGACAAAGUCUCUUUGAUGAAGUUAAAACUUAAUAACAAACUUCAAUUGGGACCGAAUGAAAGUUUGAUUGUGUUUGUGGAGUGGUCAGAUGGACGGGAACCUAUCAUGAUCAGCAAGAGUUGGACGAUAGGAAGAGCUAUCAGUUCGUUUGUAGAGAAACACACAGAGUUUUCAGGGACAUUGUCAGUUCAUCAUAUAGGGAAUGAUAAACAAUUGGAUUAUUCUGAAACAUGUGGUCAUGUAUUGAAAGAACACGAGACAAUCUAUAUCGAACGGAAGUAG